GUCCUUACACAAUGCCGUAGAGAAAACUCGAGUGUUUGAACCUUUUCUUUCUAAUAAUUUCUGACAAACUUUUAAAUCAAAUUCCUCCAGCCAAGACAGAUGUCUCGAAAAGGGGAAAAAAUCAGUUUCUUUAAACAAACAAGACAUAUUUAAAUUUGAUUCGAGACUAAUUCCACUCAUCAUGACACAUUCGACAGAACCAAGAAAAUAAACCAAAAAUCAUGUCAGGUAGAGGAUUUUCCGUCAAAGUAGAAAUCGACUUACACGCUAUCACAUGUCCUGGGGUUUGGCUCUGUCCAAAUGGCAAAGUGGCCCUUCGGAUAAGUACUUUAAAAUCGUCUAUUGAAUCCCAUCGAAUUUCACCAAUUUUUCCUUUGUUGUUCCAUGACAAAUUUACUUUUAAGAUGAUUUUUGCUGGAGUGACUUCACUUUCUUCUUUGCAACAAAAUUUAGAGGAGGAAUUUUUUUAUGCAGAGUUAUUGCAAUGGGCUGAUUCCACGAGUGCUUUUGUGAUUCUGGGCACAUUUGAAACCAACCUGGCGGAUUUGUUGUAUCCUUCUCCUUGUUUUAAAGGAUUGCUCGCUGGAGUUGAUGUUGAUUUACUCAUGGAGCCUACCAAAUUUUUCCCUGGAAUCUUGGCACCAAAAAUAGAAGUUUCAACUAAGACAGUAGUGGAAGAAGUUUUAGGAAUUUGCGAUUCUAAUAUGAUUGGACCAUAUAUAGUUAAUCCUAAAGUCAUUCAUUCCAAGAAUUAUUCAAGCAUUAAUAGAAAACAUCCUCCAAAAGGAAUCAUCAGGCAAAGAAAAGUUUGUCACAGUAGAGGCAAAUCUAGACAACAGCCCUGUCGUCCAUGUAAGAAAGUAACAAGACUGAAAGCAAGAUCUUGUUCUCCAGUCACUUCUGAUCGCCACACGCAAACUUCAUCCGAUCAAUGUUAUCACAAAUUAUCGAAAAGGCAUAAAUGCAGCUGCUCACAGUCUCAGAAAAGUUCAAUAGCUAGAGAAAGUCACAAAUUCGAUAGCUGUCAUGUUUGCUCAAAAUAUAAGUGUUAUUUUUCCGAACACCCUCAAGAAAAAGGAGAGCCUUUUUGUAGCAAAAAUUUGUGCAACAAUAGUGAACAUUCAUCAUCAAGGGUUUAUGAACCUAUGAGAAGUUUGAAUAAUUCUCAUAAUUCUCAUAUAAAAAAAGAAUACGAUUGUGAUUGCAGACCAAAUAGUGCCCCUUCUUUACAACAAGAUCCGGCAGUUUCAGUUUUAAAGAACAAGAUGCGAAGAUUACAAACAGCUAAAGAAAAACUCGCUUGUACCAGUGAUUAUUGCAAAGAAAGUGCCUGUGUUUGUGAACCUUCUUCUGAUUAUUCUCGCAAUCGAGGAAGGCCAGGAUUUUACAAGAACUUGGAAAAAUUUUAUAAAAGAUUGUACAAACAGGCGAAAAUGAGAGCAGAAGAAAUGGACUGUUUGUGAAAAUUCAAGUACUGUCUGGAUUUAAUUCGUCCAGCUGUCAACUUUUCAUAAUUUGCAACAAAUAUCGCUUUUUGUGACAUCAUAAUUUGCAACAAAUUUCGCUUUUUGUGACAAAUUUUGCUACUCGGGUUUUACCUAAAAAUAUAUUGAAUCCAGUAUUGGUAAAUCGAACGAAAACUUUACAUUUGAAAAAAAUACUAAAAAUACUUUUAAAAAAUAAUUAUGUAAAUACUUGUUGUAAAUAAAUAUUCUCGCAUGCUA